CCAAAGGGUUUGUCUCUCUGCCUUUUACUACAGUUUAAACGUGAACAGACGCAGAGAGAGAAGCAGCUGAAGAAGCAGAUCCUACUUUCCACUUCUGCUUUUAUCUGUUUUGAUUUUUUUUCUUGAAUUCAACCUUCCUGGCGGCCAUGGAGAGGCGAAGGACAUCAGUUUGGGAGAGAAAGGGCAUGAUUUGGAUUUUCUGUUUUCUGUUUGCUGUCUCUGUAGUUAAGGUGGAAGCCACCAGCUCCCAUUCCUCGCUGGCUCUAUCUGCACCCCACAUGUAUUACACCUGUCCAGAGGGGGUGACUGCCAAACUAGUGUGUAACCAAAAGAGUACCAAGGUGUAUGACGAUAACCACGUAAAGGAGCGCUGGCUCUUCACGGCCCACACUGACCAGCACUGCAAAGGCAAGCUAGGCCCGAGGAAUCUGUCUCUCCCUCUAAAGAGCCACGUCUUGCCUCAGGGGUUGGAGAUGGGUCAUACGAGCGAUAAAAUGUGGGUGACUCUCCAUAACGUGACCUAUGCCGACCAGGGUCGCUACUGCUGCAUGGCGCUGGAGUUUAAGAAAGAUCACGACCAUCUGUCGGUCCUGCAGAAUUCCCACAGCCACAUUAUCCUUCAUGUUACACCAAGGAGGGAAGGAGCUACCAACUGCACCUUCUGGGAUCCCACACCUCCUCCAGGUAUGAAAGUCAACACAGACAUUGAAAAGCAGACUUUUUUUCUAAUUCUUCCUUUGUUUCGUUUGGCAGCAUCGGUGCCCGUGGCCUUGGCGUUAGCCGCCUGCAUUUUGGCUCUGCUCUCUCUGCCUCUUAUUCUGGUCCUGGUCUACAAACAGCGGGAGAACUCCCGCUCAAACAGGCGUGGACAAGAGCUGGUGAGGAUGGACAGUGAGGCUCAGGGCCAUGAGAAUCCGGUGUUUCUGGGGGGGUCGCCUCAGAUAAAGACCCGCACUGUUUCCCAGAUCUUGGCCAGGCAGCCCUCUGAGACAGGCCGCCACUUGCUGACCGACCCAGGAACGCCCCUCUCUCCGUCCACACAAGGGGACGUAUUCUUCCCAUCUGAAGACAUCAUCCCAGAGUCUCCAGACUUGGUGCAGAUUUAAAGCGGAUUCUUCACCUAAACUGUUGUCCCAGAGAGAGAGAGAGACUCCUGCAGCUCUGUUCUUCAUUUUAAUACCAAUGCUAUCUCCACGAAUCGUCUCAUAGUUACUAUACAAACACAUAUUCUUCCUGUCUGGAUUUGCAACCUGUACAUUGGUCUGGACCCCAGGAGGGAAGGAGGGCUGCGUGCCGUGUCCACCUGCAAUAACAGCUGCAGGCCCAAACUGAACUUAAGUCGGCAUGUUGCGUCUGAUCUUCGGUUCGUCUUAGAUUUUUAUGUGUUUUUUUUUUUUUUGCUCUGUUGGUGCUUUUAAUAAAAUGUCGGGGUCAUGUAGGAGAUAAGUGACACAGUUUCUAUGCUGAUGCUGUUAAUGGGGUUGAGACAAACAUAUUUUUAUUGUGUGCAUUCAGAUCCCUACAGAAUUUAAUUUUCUUCCACCAGAAUUUUUCAUCUUAAAUGCAGCAGUGAUCUUUUGCCGGUCAUUAGAGAAUUUUCAGGUUCAGAUAAACGGACUCUCAAGCCCGUAACAAAAUUCUUCAUGUCAGAACUUUGAUGCUUUCUGGUUAUUUCUGUCUUCUGAAAGGACUAAAGCGAUUAUUGAGUUAAAGCCACCGCUACGCUUCUGAGCUGCAGGAUAGAAAAUGAAAAGGGCUGGAACUGUGGACUUAGGUAAGGGGUUUCCUGGCAUCGCUGGCGUUGGGUUCUUGAUGAUGAGGACUAAGAAAGAGCAGGACAAAUGAUCCAGCCGUUUUCUGCUUCUGAGCUACUAAACAGUGUAGCAACACCUCAACUUAUAAAAAGUUUGGUGCUCAAGGGUGUAAUGUAGCAAUGGUCUAUUUUGCAAAAAAAAGUGCUUUCUAGUGAUGUUUGUGUUUCUAAAAGGACCACCAAGCGAGGUAAUGACAGUGGUUGGUUUAUAGAAAGAUUUACUGGGUUUAAGAGUGUGAAGUAGCAGGGUAGGUAUGUGAUAGGAGAGCCGUGCACCUAGCUGGGCUCAGGAUUUCAAAUUAAACCACACAGAGAUAAAUCACAGUGAGAGAAGUUGAGUCAUUGCUGGUCAGUGGCCUGAUGUAUAUUGUGCAGGUUAUUCAGGGCAGAACAUGGUGGCUUUUCCCCUGAUGUCAAAUUCCCUUCGUUAUAGAAAAGAUAUCUGCAUAAUUUCACACGCUGCAGAUUUGUUUCUACCUUGGAUCGGGAGAUAGACGCCAAUAUGUCAUAGGAUAGAGUUCUACUGCACGCUGGUCAAAGCCGACGUCGGUGCAAGACUUGGGUUUAAUUAAGAAAAGCUCUGGAGCAGUUUAAAAGGUGGCAUGCUUUUGCUUUAUGACUGAACUGUUCUGUGAAAGGAGCUUUAGAUAUUACAAGACCAAAACGUGGCAUUACAUUUCCUCUCUGUAUGAUAUAUGCAUAAAUAUAUAUAUAUAUAUAAGAUUGCUUCUCUUCUUUGUUCCUCUGUGCUACCUCAGACUUAUGCCUCUUCUGUCUUUUCCAUACGCUGCUUAAACUGCACCAUAGCCUUAAACUGUUUAUUGCUGUUUUAAAGUUUAUUUGGGAAAGAUUUCAUUGUGGUCUCUGUGUUUAAUAAUGAAGAAAAAGAAAAGAUUUUAUGUUGAAUGUAGCCUUGUGGAUACCAGCAAACAGCAGCUGACCUCACUGCCAUUAAGACCCUUCCUGUGUGUUUCACAAUGUUUAUGUUAAUCAGGGUAAAGGUUCAGCCGGGCUUUUAUUUGUGUGCAAUUAGAUCUGAUAAGCCAAAAUCUGUUAAACGGGUCUGAAAUCCGAGCCGAAGACCAAUUGUACCAACGUAGGGUCUUGGAUGACUUCCCCAGCUGUUGGUUUUAUUUUUAAACUGUAGAACGCAUGCAGCUGGUGCUUAGCGGAAAUCACCUGCAGAAGAAAGUGUUUAACAGGUUGGUAGGAGAUCUGUUGAGAUGUAAGCCUGCUGAUUUGUGUGUUUCAGAGCUUUAAGAACUGAUUUUCUAGUUUCCCUCAUAAAAAAAAAAAAGAUCACUUUGUAUUAUUGUGUUUUUAUACUGUAAAAAGCUUGCGUGAGAGGAAGUUUCUUCCUUUUAAACUGUCCUCUCGGUAGCCUGUACAAUAAAGGGAACUCUCGGAG